AUGAAGCAGUGGUUAUUGCAUCGUGAACAAGUCACAGCGAUCGACAAGUUCUUUGCCAAAUGCUUAGCAGCUGGUCAUGUGAGGGAAUCAACAUCCCCAUAUUGCUCUCCGACCUUCUGUGCGCGAAAAGCAACAGGAGGUUGGCGGAUAGUGCAUGCAUUUAACAAGUCGAAUGCUGCAACGGUACCGGCUCACACGCCGAUCCCAAGAAAGGAUGUCAUCCUAGAAGGUAUGGCAAAAAGCACCAUCUUUUCAUCCAUGGAUCUGAUGGAUGGAUUCUGUCAGAUCCUCACGCGUGAACGGGACAUCCCGUACACAGCAGUGAGCACCCCCGGUGGUAUGCUCUGGGAGUGGGUAUUGAUGCCACAGGGGCUAAGUAACGCCCCUGCAACGUUCAACAGAUGUGUUACAAAUAUGUUGCGAUCGGUGCGCGAUUUCGCACCGAGUUACUUCGACGAUGUCUUCGUCCAUAGCCGGGCUAUGGAUGGAAAGACGGACGUGGAGGUUCAUAGAAUUCACGUCCGCAAGGUUCUUACUUCAAUGCGAGAGCAUAAGUUUUUCGCAAACCUCAAGAAGUGUAUAUUCGCAGCGAACGAAAUACCACUUCUUGGGUGCAUCGUGGGUAAAAACGGUGUACGCCCUGAUCCGGAAAAGAUCAAGACGAUUAGCGACUGGCCUGUGCCAGCCGAAGUCAAGGGACUUUGA